UCAGCGCGGAGAAGCACAAAACUCGACGUAAAUCGUCCUGAAACAAGAAGAAGACGACGACGACGAAAGCAAAGGAACAAGGAAAUCCAUCCGCCAUAACCAGCUCCCGGAUCCACCAGUCACCAAAACCCAUUAAUGGAUCUCAAUCCGCCUCCUGAGGAGAAUUACGCCAACCCGAGGACUUGCCUCUUUCAUGUUCUUUUCAAGGCUGCAUCAUUGGCAUUCUACAUACUCUCAGCGCUCUUCAUUAACAACUUCGUGAUCAUAUUCGUGGUAACUGUUCUUCUCGCCGCUCUCGACUUCUGGGUGGUCAAGAAUGUUAGUGGCCGGAUUCUCGUUGGCCUUAGGUGGUGGAAUGAGAUAAACGACCUCGGUGAGAGCGUGUGGCGGUAUGAAUCCCUUGACCAAGAGUCGUUGGCUCGAAUGAACAAGAAAGAUGCAUGGCUAUUCUGGUGGACUCUCUAUCUCACGGCAGUUUUGUGGGUCUUGCUUGGGAUCUUCUCUCUGAUAAGGUUCCAAGCCGAUUACUGCCUCAUCGUCGGUGUAUGCCUGACUCUCAGUGUUGCAAACAUCAUUGGUUUCACCAAGUGCCGGAAAGAUGCGAAGAAGCAGCUUCAGCAGUUUGCAUCCCAAGCGAUUGCAUCUCGAGUCUCGUCCACCCUUCAAUCGGCAUUCACUGUUGUAUGAUACAUGGUGUGAGCUGGGAGGGAAAUACAAUGGAGGGAGGAGCCAUAGUUAAACUAAAACUUGGCCACAGUUUUGAGCAAGCAUUGUAGGGGCUAGAAAAAGAAAUUACUACACUAUUAUAUUGGUUUUUCUUUCUGUUUGUAUCAUCUUUUUUACAUGUAUUGGCUUCUGGCAUAAAGGAGAAGUAAUGUUGGAAACUGUCUUUUUGAAUGAAGUAAAUUUUUUGUGCCACUUUUUGACAG